CACCACAACCGCUCUCAGCUUCCCCAGCGCCGCGACGAGGAAGUCGAGGCCCGAAAACGCGAACAGGAGAAAGAAAGAGCUCGAAGGGACAGGCUGUACAAUCUCAACCGUUCGGGAACAAACGCUGGACAGAGAAGAGAAUCUGCUGUGUUCAAAUCAUCAGUUGAUAUUCAACCUGAAUGGAAUAUGCUCGAUCAGAUCCCGUUUUCAACUUUCUCCAAGCUUUCCUUCUCCGUUCCGGAGCCUGAGGACUUGCUGAUCUGCGGCAGCCUUGAGUUUUACGACCGGUCCUACGAUCGGAUUACUCCGAAGAAUGAACGUCGUCUGGAGAGGUUUAAGAACAGGAAUUUCUUCAAAGUUACUACUACGGAUGAUCCUGUUAUCCGCCGUUUGGCUAAUGAGGAUAAAGCUACUGUUUUUGCAACGGAUACGAUUUUGUCUACUUUAAUGUGUGCUCCUAGGUCUGUUUACUCGUGGGAUAUUGUAGUUCAGCGUGUUGGAAAUAAGUUGUUUUUCGACAAGCGUGAUGGGUCCCAGCUGGAUUUGCUCUCUGUUCAUGAAACUUCCCAAGAACCAUUGCCUGAUGUGAAGGAUGACAUUAAUUCGGCUCAUUCGUUGAGUGUUGAGGCUGCUUAUAUCAAUCAGAAUUUCUCGCAACAGGUUCUGAUAAGAGAUGGGAAGAAGUUGAAUUAUGAUGAGCCUAACCCGUUUGCGACUGAAGGGGAAGAGGUGGCGUCCGUUGGUUACAGGUACAGGAGGUGGAAGUUGGAUGAUGAUACCUUUUUGGUGGCACGAUGUGAAGUGCAGAGUGUGGUGGAAGUGAACAAUCAGAGAUCAUUCUUGACUCUGAAUGCACUAAAUGAGUUUGAUCCUAAGUACUCUGGGGUUGAUUGGAGGCAGAAGCUUGAGACGCAAAGGGGUGCUGUGUUAGCUACCGAGUUGAAGAAUAACGCAAAUAAGCUCGCGAAAUGGACUGCACAAGCGUUGCUAGCUAAUGCUGAUAUGAUGAAGUUGGGUUAUGUAUCAAGAGUCCAUCCUAGGGAUCAUUUUAACCAUGUGAUAUUAGCUGUUGUUGGAUAUAAGCCUAAGGACUUUGCUGCACAAAUCAAUUUGAACACAUCAAACAUGUGGGGUAUUGUGAAAAGUAUUGUGGACUUGUGUAUGAAGUUGAAUGAAGGGAAAUAUGUGCUUGUUAAGGACCCAACCAAGCCACAGGUUAGGAUUUAUGAGGUCCCUCCAGAUGCAUUUGAGAACGACUAUGUUGAGGAGCCAUUGCCAGAAGACGAACAAGUUCAGCCUCCUACAGAGGAUGCGCAAGGUGCUGAGGCAAAUGGGGCUGCAAAUGAAGUAGAGGACAAGGAGAUUAGCACUGAAGCUGCAUAAGGGUUGUCCGGGAAUAAAGUGAUACUGGUUGAAACCUCUUUUAGAUCUUGAGCUUUCUCUUAUCAACAGCUUUAUGAGGUGACUGUGCUCUUGUGUCUUUCCAAACAGAUUAGAAACAAGGCAUCUUGUCGAGAGCUUUGUACCAUCUUAACGAACUUGUUCGGCUUCCUUUCUCCCACCUACUGUAGUGGUUUUUUGAUGAUUAUGGACCUUUGUCAAGGCUAAUUUUGUGAUAGGUUUCUCUUUUAGUUGGAUGUUUUUAAGAAACGGCUUUUCAUUAUAUAUUUUUCUGUGGUGUAAUACAUCAUUGACUUUUUAGCCCAA